GAGCGAAGGAGAAAGGAUUUCUAGGCAGGGAUGGUUCUGGCCGGUGAGGAGAGAACAUCGAAUGAGAGGUGCAGGCACGUCGCUAUACGUUUUUUUCAUCGUGUCUACCCCUGCACUUGGUUGGAUAGGACUUAUUUUCCCCGGUGAGUCACCGCCUAGUAACUGCUAGGACUAGUAUUUGUCCAGAGACGGAACCAACAUCUUAUUUCCACGAAAAAGAAUCCUUCAGCCCAACCCCACGCUAAUCCAGCGCUCGAAAAAGCAUGGAUGAACUGGAUUCGCCUAAUGGGGAUAACGCAAUCGUAGCGAGACUGAUCAAUGGCGUGGGACGUGGCAAAGACAUGCAAACGGAGGUUCCACCUAACGCCACAUCUCGGUCAUCAUCAGCAUCACCAAAGUCGGCAGGUGCAGCGAAGCCGAUCAUAAACGGCGAGCGGCCUUACCUGACACUUGACGAGCAACCUAAAGCACGAGGCUUCCGAUUUCGCUACAGUUGCGAAGGUCCGUCGCAUGGUGGUAUUCCUGGGGAGUCGUCGGAAAAGACAAAGCGUACGUAUCCCACCGUUACGCUACAUGGAUAUCGUGGAAAGAAGGCGCGAAUCGUUGCCUCGCUCAUCUGCCACGAUGACCCACUCAGGCCACACGCUCACUCGUUGGUGGGUAAAAACGUGGUACUGGGCCAGACGAUCGUGGAGGUGGCAGGCGGAGGGCCCACGUGGGAGUACUCCUUCAACAGCCUGGGCAUCUUGCACGUGACAAAGAAGAAUGUUGCAGCCGUUCUAAUGGAGAGGUAUGCGCUGGCAAUGGUCACACCCGCUGCAGGGCCACCGGCCACCAUCUCGCUGGAACCACAGCCCGGCGAGGAGCUUGAAGGCGGGCGGGCGGCAUUGAGCGCGCUCGGCAAGCACUACAAGGACCAGCUGGAGAAGCUGGCGCAGGAGCAGGCAGCCAGCAUGAACCUGAGCGCCAUACGCCUGUGCUUUCAGGCGUUCAUGCAGGACGAGAGCGGCAAGUACACGCGCGGCACGGACCCGGUCGUCAGCCAAGUGAUCUACGACAGUAAGUCGCCAGCGGCGUCGGCGCUGAAGAUCUGCCGCAUGCAUCGCAACACGGGAGCAGCGGCGGGCGGAGACGAGAUCUACAUUCUGUGCGACCGUGUUCAGCGCGACGACGUGGAGGUGAAGUUCAUGUCAGACAGCAGUGAACAUCCCUGGGAGGCCGAUGGCAUCUUUGGGCCGGCUGACGUACACCGUCAGUUUGCCAUGGUUAUCAAGACGCCACCGUUCUGGAAUCAAAACAUCGCCAAUCCAGUGAACGUGAUGAUCAGAUUGAAGCGCAAACACGGAGAGGAAUCCAGCGAGGGCAAACUGUUCACAUACACGCCGAAUGUCGAAGACGUCGAGGAAAUUGGCCGCAAGCGUAAGAAGCCGAUUCCACGCUUCACACCCGAUGCCAAGGUGCCCAAACUUGCACCGCCGGCAGCUGAAAUGCCCCAGUCAGUGACAAUGGCACCGAUGCAGUCAGCAUCAAUGAUGCCAGUGUGCGCCACCUCGCCUGAAGCUGUCGCCCCCACCAGGCUACACGUGUCAUCACCGUCCACAGCUCCGCAAGCUAGUAACACACUGAGUAACUGGAUGGCCAAUCCCAGCGGUUGGGGCUUUACCGGCCUGGCUGGAACAGGCGUGAGUGGAUUUCUACCUAUGACUGGUGGAUCACAAAUUGUUCAACAAUCCAGUACCACAAGUACAGCACCAGUUUUGCUGCAGCAGCCGACUAUGGGCACUGCCACUAUUCCAACCUUCGCAACACAGCCCGUCCCAACUCGGCCAGGUAAUGCUUUUUUGCCGUCGCCACACUCUGGGAAUCAACACCCGUCAGCGCUACAGGCCAUUCACACACAGAGCAACAUCACCCACUUAGGCGCUCUCCAGUCCCCUGGCCAGCGGAGCAACACAUCAUUGCUACCCUCGCCUCACCUGUGUAGUCCUGGUGGUGCAGCUGCACCGGCAAUGCUAAUGGUUAGCCCGCAGCAGCCAGUGCAGCAGCACCAACUGCCCACAGCUGCCAGCGGUGAUAAUGCGGUGUUUCCUUCGCCAGCCGGUGCCACGACACCAGCAGCAGUAGCAACACCAAUGACAGCACAACUUGCCAACAGUGCUGGCACGCCCAUGGACACAACCAGCCAGUCGAGCAACGGGUCUUCAUCGUACACCAUACUGUCGGCGCUAAAGCAGUACUUGGACAGCGGUGACAUUCGCCACCUACAAGAUGGCGACAGUCCAGUGUUACAUGCGGCGGUCCUCGCUCAGAACAUGGAUGUCACCAGCACGCUCAUGUCCACAUUGCCAAGACUGCAAGCCGCCAUGUUGAACUCAGUCGAUCAGCACAGCAACACAAUGCUACACCUGGCCAUCGGCAGCAAACAGAACCAGCUAGUCACCGAGUUAGUACGCUGUGGUGCCAACGUGACACUACCGAACGGCCAGGGUGAUAACUGUGUCCACGCAGCCUGUCAGAUCGGCAGCCCGCAGCUGCUGCGGGUCAUCAUGGCCAAGAAUCGAAAGGACGGCAGUGGUCAGCCACUGGUGCCUCGGCUGGACCAACGCGACUACAACGGACUAUUCCCGGCACACCUGGCGGUGCGGGCGAAAAGUCGCGAGUGCCUGCAGGUGCUGAAAGCGGAAGGAUUUGGGUUGGAUGGCUCUGGAGGUCUGUGUGGCUCAACACCGCUGCACACAGCUACGGACAGCAAUCAGCUGAGCCUGGUGGUGUACCUGCUAAAAGAAGAAGUGGCUGACAUCAACGCCAAGAACUACCAGGGUAAUAGUGCUCUGCACAUAUCGUCUGAGCAGGGCCACGUGGAAAUGGUGCGCGCCCUUCUUCAGAGCGGUGCAAACAGGGCCAUCAAGAAUGCUCGUGGGAAGCUACCUAUUGACUUGGCGUCGUCCGAGAGCGUUAAAGCUGCCCUGCAAACAAAGUAAGCAGGCUGAAGAACACCACCCAGCAGCGACUCGCCUGUAUCAUUGAUUCAGGUCAAUUUUGGUUCAUGCCGCAGAACUCCCCUUUGAAUUUAGUGGAGCCUCGCUAUCCUUGCAUAUGAACAUACGCUCCUCUUCCAUAGUACUCAGCUUGCCAAUAGUCCAACACCAAUACGCUUCAUCCUUGACUUGAGCAGACUUGAUCUUGCAAGUGACCAGUAAACACACUGUGACCGGUAGACUACAUGUACAGAUAACGGACAUGACUGAUUAUACUGCCUUCGACAAACCUGAUUUCCGCUGUGUGUCUGCUGUACCCAGACACUUGCACAAUGACCUUGAUACUCGUAUCAUAAUUAUAAGACAGUGACGCUGUCUAGCAACAACCAUCGUCUCGACCAUAAAUCUAAGCUUCUGGUACCGUUCUCAUCCUUUGUCAAAGUCAAUAACAGUUUCCCAAGCCUCACUUUAUUGCCAGCCACAAUGAACUGCCUUUGAUUUAAAAAAAAACGCAGAUAAUUAUACCGACUGCGGCUGGUGUUCACCUAAACGCAUUCAACUCAGAAUACAGUACGUGCACAUGCACCCAUCUGCGUUGUUGCUGCUGAUCACUGACUGCAUGCUGUGUAGAGUUGACCCCCUAUUAUACGUUAGUAUCUGCUCUACAGGUGCAUGUACUGUACAUGUACUUGAUGGACAGCAGCAUGGUGGAGGCACAACACAAUUUUCAACUGAAUUUCGCUUUUCUCUGCCCUGUAGAACAAUACCUAGUUAGUUUAGCCGAGUAGUACACAGAUAACGCCCCGGCACUUUGCCUUGAUUGGUCCGAUCAUUUUCAUUUCAAUUCUGCCAGCCCAGCGUCACGCGUAAAGAUCAAGAGCGGUCGAUCGAGCUGUGAUAAAUGACCACUCUCACCGUGGUGGUGGCGGUGCUGGUG